AUGGCCUCUAUCUGGACUAGAAUUAUUGCAUCAGAGUUUGAAACACGUCAAACACUUCAUACAUGCUGGAUAAAUGUACUUUGUGCGUCGAAGUCGAAAUAUAUUAGAACCAUUUAUGAAGAAGCCCGUGAAGCUGAGAAGUUGUUGUUCGAACGUCGGCCAGAAAGUGAAAAAGAAGAACUGUUAAGUUUUUUUUCAAUUAAGCAUCAAUCACCGAAUCAACAACAACAAUCAACACUGUCAAAUGCUGUUAAUGAUAUAUCAUUUAUAGAGCAAAUUCUGUCACAUCCACAACUACUCAACUCAAUUGCAAUGAAUAAUAUAAUGAUAUGCUCACCAGAAUCAGAUGGAAUUAUGACAGCGAUGAAUUUUUAUAAACCAUCUUUAAAUAAUGAAGAAACUACAUGGACGAUAAUAUCAUUAUAUAAUGGGGACAAAAUUACUCGACAUAAUAUGAAUAAACGUGAAGCAAUAGAAGAUCGUUCACUAUCGAUGUCGGUUGCAUCGACGUGUAUGUCAUACGUAAUCUCUCUGGCUAUCGAAUGUUGA